AUGGAAGGUCCACGAAACAUCACGGAAUUUUUCAUGCUGGGACUCUCACAAAACCCCGAGGUGCAGAGAACUUUAUUUGUGCUAUUUUUGGUUGUCUACUUGGUCUCUGUUGGGGGCAACCUACUUAUCAUUAUGACCAUCAUCUUCAGCCCCACCUUGGGCUCCCCUAUGUACUUUUUCCUCUCAUAUUUGUCCUUUAUUGAUACUUGCUAUUCCUCAUGUAUGACCCCCAAGCUCAUUGCUGACUCCUUGUAUGAAGGGAGAGCCAUAUCUUUUGAGGCUUGCCUGGCUCAAUUCUUUGUUGCACAUUUGUUGGGAGGAACGGAGAUCAUUCUGCUGACAGUGAUGGCCUAUGACCGCUAUGUGGCGAUCUGCAAGCCCCUGCACUACAUGACCAUCAUGACCAAGCAUCUCUGUCCCCUGCUGGUGGGAGUGGCUUGGAUGGGGGGCUUCCUGCAUUCUGUGGUUCAGCUCCUCCUGGUCCUUCUGUGGGCCCAAUGUAAUCAAUCACUUUGUGACUUGUACCCCUUGCUGGAACUUGCCUGUACCAACACAUUUGUCAUUGGUCUACUGGUGGUCGCCAACAGUGGUGUGAUCUGCUUGUUGAACUUCCUCAUGCUGGCUGCGUCCUACAUUGUCAUCCUGCACUCUUUGAGGUCUCACAAUGCAGAGGGGAGACACAAAGCCAUCUCUACCUGUGGAGCCCACUUCACUGUUGUUGCCUUGUUCUUUGUGCCUUGUAUAUUUAUUUACACGCGGCCAUCAACUACUUUGUCCGUAGACAAAAUAGUGGCUGUAUUUUAUUGUAUUUUGACACCAAUGUUCAACCCUUUGAUUUAUACACUGAGAAAUGCAGAGGUGAAAAAUGCCAUGAAAAAUCUUUGGAAAAAAUAA